AUGCUGCUUCUCACGUUUGGAAUUCGCUUCUACACAACCGAGCUCUACACAGUCAUUCAAGCCGCCAUCACUUCGCCCUUAAUUGUCAAUCGGUUGACGAUGGACCAAUCAAUCAUCAGUCAGUCUGUUGAUCAAUCAACUUUCGAAAGAAUCUUCCAACUGGAAGAUAUGAAGCUCAACAUGUCACAAAGUUCUCGCAAAGACCUCCAAAACAAUGUCAACGUUACUAGUUGCAACGUGGGGAGCAUAACGUUGUUCGUGUUGGACCAGCAGACCGGACAUUAUGUUGCCUACCUGACCAGUUCCAACAACAAACACUUCCUGCAUGUUGAUUCUCUCGAAGGACUGGGACUAUCUAGCACUGAAGUAUGGAUCGUUGCCGAAGUUACCGAAAGAGAGCAAUGUCAAGUUAAAAAAUCAAACAACCGUUUCAUGUUGCCUGUUGGCACGAGGUUCUACAGGGUCAAAGCCAAACCUUGGAACCCUGAUACAUGUAAGAAGACAGGCGGUCAAAAGUCUUAA